AGAAGUUUGCCAUUUGCUCUUCUUCUCCAAAGAAUCUCUCUAAGAUCUACCUCAAACCGAACUUGUAGGCAGUUGAAGUUUUCAGCUUUGGCUAUGGAAAGUGGGUUUGGGGGAUUAAUUGGCACAUCUUGUUCUGGAGAUACUAGUUGUGAUACUGGUGAUUUUGAAUGCAAUAUAUGCUUUGAAUUAGCUCAAGACCCAAUUGUGACCCUUUGUGGCCACCUAUACUGUUGGCCCUGUCUUUACAAUUGGUUGCAUAUUCAUUCACAUUCACAUGAAUGCCCAGUUUGUAAGGCCCUCAUACAGGAGGGGAAAUUGGUUCCUAUAUAUGGGAGGGGUAAAUCAAGUUCAGAUCCACGAUCUCUGUUGGUACCUGGAGUUAAUAUUCCCAAUCGCCCUGCAGGACAGAGACCCCAAACUGCUCCGGUUUCGAAAAUGAACUAUUUCCAACGAGACGAGCUUGAUCUGAUUGGGGGUUUCGUGCCAAUGGUGACUGCAAGGUUUGGGAGCUUAACAUUGUCUGCUCUUUUUGGUGCUAUUCCAUCCUUUUUUAACCUUCAGGUGCAUGGAUUUCAAGAUGCCACUGUAUAUGGAGCAAUUAGUGGAGUCCCCUAUAUGUUUUCUUCUUUUCAUGGGGGUUAUGCUCUUGCUUUUCAUCAGCAUGCCACUCAAGGGGAUUGGAUGAAGUUUGUUAUCAAGUUGUGUUUAUUGAUUCUUGGUUUUCUUGUGCUCAUCCUUCUAAUUACAUCUUAGAAAUUCACUUCCUGAAGUUGAAUUAUUGGACAUGAGGUUUGUUAGUUGUGCAAUUGUAUAUUUUAGCUUUAUAAUCCUCUGCUUGUGUUUGGCUUUGAGGACGGUAAUUCUUCAGCUCUGUAUAGCUUUAUGUUUUUCUUUCGUUUUUUGGUCAGUUGUAGCUUUAUCUUCACUUGCACCCGAAUCAGCAACUUAUUCUUUUUUCAUACACUGCAAUCCUAGCUUAAUAGACCUCUAUUUGUGUUCGGGUAAAUCUUGCAGACGAUAGUUCUUCAGUUCUUU